UCACACUUACAGACAGGGAAGAAACAGAGAGACACCAAGGAUUAUGACAUCUUCUACUAUGUUUCGCAAUCAUUUGCAGGAAAGGCAGUAUUGGUAGCUCUGACUUUUCCGAUGAUACUGGAAUUCUUGCCAAUUCUUCUGCCACGCCAUUUUUGCUGUCUGUUGAAUAUGGUGUGUUGGCCAAGAAAGACUGAAGUAAACAAUGGUGCGGAUGGUGAGGAAGUACAUUUUCAAGACAAGAUGCUAACAAAGUUGGAUGAGAUAUUAAAUAAUGAGCCAUGGAAACUUGGAUUCAGCAGGAUCACCUAUAGGGAACUAAACCUUUCUUACUGUGAGGCAACGUGGGCCGCCUUCUCUCAGUGUGAACAUCUCCUCCGGAAGAUUCCUGACUUGCAGAAGAAUGCAUUAAUUGUGUAUGAUCAACUCAAGAAACAGUGUAGAGAAAUGGGACACACUUACGAAGAUCAAGAUGAAUUAGCUCGUUUUGUAUCUAAAGCUAUGUCCAUUGAGCAUGUUUGGCAAUCUCUUAAAUUUUUGAAAGAUCAGAAUGUAGUGAUUAGGGAGAAAAAACUAGUGUUUCUGCCUCAUCUUUACAAAUCUGAAAAAGACAUUGCAAUGUAUAUAGGUGGCCUUCUGUCAAACCACCCAUGGCAACUGGAUGUUGAUGUGAGAAAGAUACUUAACGUUCCUGAGACAUCAAGAGAAAUGGUGGAUAACAAAAUGAAUGUUACUCAGGCUCAUGAAAUAGAACAUCUGAAGGAAAAUAGCCCAGACAUUCAUAACUGUGAAAGUCACCUUCCUGAAAAGGAAGUGGGGUCUACGUCUGGUACCCAAAGUAAAGCAGAGUUAGACUUAGAUCAGGUGAUUGCAAUGGAAAAGAUUUGUUCUAAUCCUGUCACAAUCAUAAGUGGAAAUGGAGGCUGUGGGAAGAGUACGAUAGUUAGCUGCCUUUUUCGUCACUUAAAGCAGAUGGAAAAAGAAGUGGAAGCUGCUUCUAAGGACUUUGAGGAAGACCUGGAUGCAUCUGAGGAAUGGAAUACCUUUGAUCAUCAUUGGGAGUCAGAGAAUAGGUACACAAAAAAAUGUAAUGUGCUAUUUACUGCACCUACAGGGAGGGCGGCAAGCCUUUUGAGUGAAAAAACUAAGCUUCCUGCAUAUACACUGCAUCAGAUCAUCUAUAGUUUUAAAUUGUGGAGGCAGAGUGAAGAAGUACAGCCGUGGAAGUUUUCUACUGUGACAAUUCUGAUUGUGGAUGAAGGAAGUUUGGUGUCUGUACGCGUUCUUAGUUUAGUUUUAAGACUCUUGUGUGAGCAUGCUCAGCUUGCCAAACUUAUUAUUUUAGGUGAUACUAGACAGCUGCCAAGCAUAGAUCCAGGAAACAUGUUAGCUGAUAUCUUUGAGGGUCUAAAAUCAAGAGGCUUUUCUGUGGAACUGCAAACUAAUUACAGAGCUGAAUCACAACUAAUUGUAGAUAAUGCAUCAAGAAUCUCUCACCGGCAGCUUCCUGAAUUUGAUGAGGUGCUGAAAGUUUCUGGUCGGAAUGAGGAAAUAAGAAUGCCAAGCCCGGAGAAGAAAUUCAUUCUUAUUGCUUUGCCUGCUGAUGGGGAUUGUAACAAUUUGCAAACUGCCAUAAAGACUUUACUGAAAAUAGGACCAGGAUUGCAGGAUGCCAAACAAUCGCAGUUCAUUGCUUUCAGAAGGCAAGAUUGCGAUGUAAUAAAUGAACUUUGUUGCCAACACUAUUCAAAUCAUGUAACCAGGGACCAUAAAAACCAACUUUUAUUUCGAAUUAAUGACAAGAUUUCCUGCAUGCGGAAUAUAUAUCUCAAGGAUCUCUUGCCAGACCGUGGUUUCGGAGGGGAUCCUAAUCACCAUGAAUGCAAAAGCGGAGAAACCACCCUCACUACAGAGACUGCUGAGGAGAGCAAACGACUAUGCAACGGAGAUAUAUUUUUCAUAACACAGGAUGUAGAAAUUGAUAAGCAGCGCUUAUUGACCAUCAGCAGCACGUAUGGCUCCACGUUCACGGUGAAGUAUAAGGCACUGAAGAAGCUAUGUCAUAUAAAACAUGCGUGGGCCAGAACUAUUCACACAUUUCAGGGUUCUGAGGAAAAAACUGUUGUCUACGUGGUUGGCAAUCCUGGCCGUCAGCACUGGCAGCAUGUGUACACAGCCGUGACCAGAGGACGCUGCCGUGUCUAUAUUAUAGCUGAAGAGCCCCACCUCAGGAGAGCAGUCACUAACAAGAACGUGCCCAGAAAAACUCGCUUACAGAGAUUUUUGAGAGAGGCAAUCGCAGAAACAAGUGCUCCUGGCCCGUCUGAACCUCCGUCUGACUCGAUUAAACAGGAAGGGUCAGCAGUUCUCGACAGAGAAGAGCAGACGGGCCAUGUGCAGCAAAGUCCGUGUAAAAGACAACCAGAGGAUUCUGAGGAUGCCGUGGAAGUACCCUCUGCAAAAGUACAAGAUUCCCCACUUGAGUCUUCCAGACUUAAGAGUCUAACUUUGGGACAAGCCACUCCUAGGAAGCUUUUCAAAAACUAACAAACAAUUAACUGUCCUCGUUACGAACCUUUCUUGAACCUGGUUCGUUCAAGAUUUUUGGAACAGAGAAGCUGGGCACGCAGAUGAUUUUCAAAGGCUUUCCUGUAUUUGCAUGUUCUAUGAAGAACAGCUUGUCUUAAAGCGAGCCUUGCCUAUUUUCAGUGAUCUGUUUUUAGUAGGAGAUUGCUUGGUGUGUCAGCCACCAAAAACCAUACCAUUCUUUUGUUCUGGUGAAGAAUGAACUUACGGGUCUUAGAGCGCCCAGACGUUCCCUUAAAAAACACAUGGGGAUUUCUAGGUUUAAAGACUUACGUAGCCGUCCAUACCAAGAUUCGUCCGUCUCCUAAUGCUACAGAAUUGAUGAGAGGCCGUUACUGAUGUGCCAAAACUGCAGUUCGCUCUUGAGUCAAAAAGUAGUUUACAAAGGGGACAAUGUUUAAUCAACCCUCAGGCAAAUUGUACUGACAAAAUUUGCACAGCUUGCUUGCUUGUAACAAAUUUGCUUUUUAACACCACAU